CGCGGCGUGGCCCCGGCUCGGCAGCGGCAGAGCCGCCUGGGGAAGGGUCUGGGCGGCGGGGGCUCGCCGGCCGCCAUGGGGACCAACGCGCCGCUGCGCCGGGAGCCGCUGGCCCGCGGCCCCCACGAAGUGUACUUCAAGAAUCUUUCGAAACAGAAACAAAAGGAAGUCAUGGAGAAGAAUGGAAACAACCACAAACUUCGUGUUUGUGUUGCUACUUGCAACCGUGCUGAUUAUUCAAAAUUAGCUCCCAUUAUGUUUGGUAUUAAGGCAGAACCACAGUUUUUUGAGCUUGAUGUCGUAGUGCUUGGUUCCCACCUGAUUGAUGAUUAUGGUAAUACCUAUCGUAUGAUUGAACAAGAUGACUUCGACAUCCAUACAAGAUUACACACCAUUGUGAGAGGGGAGGAUGAGGCAGCUAUGGUGGAGUCAGUGGGCCUUGCAUUAGUCAAGUUACCAGAUGUCCUCAACCGCCUGAAACCUGACAUAAUGAUAGUUCACGGGGACAGAUUCGACGCUCUGGCCCUGGCCACAUCUGCAGCCCUGAUGAACAUUCGCAUCCUCCACAUCGAGGGUGGGGAGGUCAGUGGGACCAUCGAUGACUCCAUCAGACAUGCCAUAACCAAGCUGGCCCAUUACCACGUGUGCUGCACGAGGAGUGCAGAGCAGCAUUUGAUAGCCAUGUGUGAAGACCACGACCGCAUCCUUUUGGCGGGCUGUCCCUCAUAUGACAAGCUUCUCUCUGCCAAAAACAAGGACUACAUGAGUAUUAUACGCGUGUGGCUAGGUGAAGAUGUCAAAACUAGAGAUUAUAUAGUUGCUCUGCAACAUCCUGUAACCACAGAUAUUAAACAUUCCAUAAAGAUGUUUGAGCUGACACUAGAUGCACUCAUCUCCUUCAACAAGAGAACACUUGUUCUGUUCCCUAAUGUGGAUGCAGGAAGCAAAGAGAUGGUUCGCGUGAUGAGGAAGAAGGGCAUCGAACAUCAUCCCAAUUUUCGGGCAGUAAAGCAUGUCCCAUUUGACCAGUUCAUUCAGCUGGUUGCUCAUGCUGGUUGUAUGAUUGGUAACAGCAGCUGUGGUGUCAGAGAGGUGGGAGCAUUUGGUACACCUGUCAUUAACCUGGGGACACGUCAGACGGGAAGAGAAACAGGUGAAAAUGUUCUUCACGUUCGUGAUGCUGAUACACAGGAUAAGAUUUUGCAUGCUCUACAGCUUCAGUUUGGUAAGCAAUAUCCAUGCUCAAAAAUAUAUGGAGAUGGUAAUGCUGUUCCAAGGAUCUUGAAGUUCCUUAAAUCUAUUGACCUCAAAGAACCGUUGCAAAAGAAAUUCUGUUUUCCUCCUGUCAAAGAUAAUAUCUCUCAGGAUAUUGACCAUAUUCUAGAGACACAGAGUGCUCUGGCUGUGGAUCUAGGUGGAACAAAUCUCCGAGUAGCAAUUGUCAGUAUGAAGGGUGAAAUAGUUAAGAAGUAUACCCAGCUGAACCCUAAAACUUAUGAAGACAGAAUGGAAUUAAUUCUAAAGAUGUGUGUAGAGGCUGCAUCAGAGGCAGUAAAUGUAAACUGCAGGAUUUUGGGAGUAGGUAUUUCCACAGGUGGACGUGUAAACCCCCGAGAAGGAAUUGUGCUUCACUCUACAAAACUCAUUCAGGAGUGGAGCUCUGUGGAUCUCAGAACUCCAAUAUCUGACGCUCUGCACCUGCCAGUCUGGGUGGACAAUGAUGGAAACUGUGCUGCUCUAGCAGAGAGGAAAUUUGGUCAUGGAAAAGGAGUAGAAAAUUUUGUAACGCUCAUUACUGGUACAGGAAUCGGAGGUGGAAUCAUUCAUCAGCAUGAACUGAUCCAUGGCAGUUCUUUCUGUGCUGCUGAGCUUGGGCAUAUUGUCGUAUCUUUAGAUGGACCAGAGUGCCUGUGUGGUAGCCAAGGAUGUAUAGAAGCAUAUGCCUCAGGAAUAGCAUUACAGAGGGAAGCCAAGAAACUCCAUGAUGAUGAUCUGCUUUUAGUAGAAGGAAUGUCAAUGAAGAAGGAGGAGAUUGUUAGUGCUGCACAUCUUAUUCAAGCAGCUAAGCUUGGGAAUACAAAAGCAGAGAGCAUUCUCAGAACAGCUGGGACUGCAUUAGGCCUUGGAGUUGUGAACGUUCUACACACCGUGAACCCCUCUCUUGUGAUCCUUUCUGGAGUUCUAGCUAACCACUAUGUUAAUGCUGUCAAAGACGUGAUAAAUCGACAGGCUUUGUCCUCUGUUAAAACUGUAGAUGUGGUGGUCUCAAAUCUAGCAGAUCCUGCUCUUCUUGGAGCUGCUAGCCUGGUACUGGAUUAUACUACACGUAGAAUAUACUAGGUACCUGGAAUAAUCAUAGAAAUGGACUGUUCAGAUUCCUAAUGGGUGGAGGGAAUACUUUGCCCCAAAUUUUUCUUUGAUGAGAGCAGCUAAUGAAUCAGAGUAGUGUUCUGAGUAGUUAGUGACCACUUCAGCAUUUCCUAAUAGAAGUAUUAUCUUUUUGUAGUUUUCCUAAACUUCAUCUGACUUCAUAGGAAGUGAUGUGCAAUUCUGUUUUUUUUAAGCACUUCUGUUGGUAAGCCUAUACGUUACUUUUGAGUGUAGCUGAAUUAUUUGUAAGCAUCUCUUGAUGUAUGGUGGGGAUUACGUGUAUGGUGUGUAAAAUUAUAGGUAACACUUGGGGAUCCAUAUCUCAUUUCCCACCUAUGUGAAAUGAGACGUUUACGAGCUUUUCAGGCUUCCACCCACAAAGUGAAUGUGAUGUAGUCACCAAUAGCAGGUAGUAAUUUCAGUGGGUGGAAACGAGGGAAGCAGCCUAUACAAUAAAAAAUGGCUACACCUCGAAAUUGUGGUUCAUGACGGACUUGGUAGAGGCAACCAAGUCUUUUUUACAUCAUCUCUAAAGGGCAGAGUCCCAUUUUAGAAGCUUUGCAUAUGAAAGAAAAAGACAACAGUCUAGUUAGCAUACAGCCUGCAGAGCAGUGCAAACAAACUCAUAAGUUAGCAUCUUUGUCUUCUGGCUAUGGCCAACAGUUAAUUGUUUGAAUUUUAUUCCUUGGGGAUUUCUCAAGGGACUUAAUCUACUACUUUGUCUGCCAAAUUAGCACAGAGGGGGGACUGCUUAUUCUUUGGUAGCAAGUUAGCUGAAAUUCAGCCACGUGGCACAUCUGAAGAUAAAGACUACCUUUCAGGAAAACUCUUCCACUGCAGAGUGACAGGGUGUAUCCCUUCACCCAUUCUGGUGGCUGCAGGUACACUGUUCCUGUCCUGCAUUCACCAUCAGCUUUUAGGAUGAAAAGUCAAAUCUGACCCUCAUCCUCACCCUCAGGCCUGGGAAGAAAGUAUGUCAAAUACCAAUGAAGACUUGCCUAAGUAAACUGUGUUUUAUAUUUCUUUGGUCCUUUGUGAUAUAUAGAUCCAGCUAGUUUUUUAGCACACUUUCAAGAUACUGGAGAAACUGAAAAACCAACCUGUCUCUCAGAAAGAUAGCUGUGGAGGAACAGUCAUAAGACUGCCCUCUGUCCUGCAUUUAAUGGUCUGUUUUGACACCUAACUCAACCACUGAUAUUCUCAGAAGUCCAAUAAUGUGUUAGUACAUGGGAAUAUGCAACCGGACAUGCCUAUCUCGUAUUGGCCUUUUUAGCCACCAGCACACCUGCAACAAACGUGGGUAGAGCCCUUCCCAAAUCUUCAUUCGCGAAGCCCAGCCGUGAUGAUGACAUGGGAAUAAAAGGGGCUAUUUCCACACUUGAACUUCUUCUCCAACCAAAAUGAAACAACCUUCUGCAACCAUUACCCGCUGCUAUACAAUUAUCUUGGACUGAAUAGCUCUUAUUGUCUUCACUUCAUCCUCUCUUCCACAAGGAAUGCUCACUGAGAACUCGCAUCUUCAGAGCAGAUUGCAGAACCACCACCACCUUCCUGAUGUCUAGGAACAAUUGUGCAGCCUCUAGACCAUAGUUUUUCUCAAAAUCAGCAAAUAUUGGUUCUUAACUAUUUUCAACGUUUUAGUAGGCUUUAUGUCACCAGGGAUUUUUAGUUCCUUUUCCUGCGUGUCUUGGUUUACUUAGUGAUUCUCACUAACUUCAAUACCAUUAAGUCUGUCAGCAUUUCUCUACAGUGAGAGUAGCUCAGAUCAGGAGUAACAGCACUGAGGUUCUGACAGUGAGGAGGCCUGUCAUUUGAUCUUUCCAUCCUCUAGCAUCACAAGGGAUACCUGGGUGGAAUGCCUUGCUACAACUGGGACCAGGCUUUUGCUUUCCAGACCCUCUGAAGCUCUGUAUUUUUGAUAUCUCAAACUCCAGAUGUUUUUCCCUAGCAGCUGAAAGGAGGGUGCAGGCACAGAAAAAACACAAGAGAAUAAAACUCAUUGGAAAAAUUUUACUCUAAACACCUUUAACAUCUAUUCCUGUUUAAAAAAAGGUUCUUAAAAUGCUUUUGAAAAUGUUUUUUCUGUCAGCUGGCUGAGAACCUGCUGCAUAUGUACACGCGGUGCAGAAGUCCUUGCAGUUUCUCCCUAAGAAGUUUGUGUGUUUAUAAAAUCAGAAAGAAUAAAAAAUCGUAUUUAAUAGCAUAA